AUGGGUGAGGGGUACGGGAUUUGGAAAAUGGGCCCUGAUGAGGAUUUGAUGCCUUUGAUCGAUCUAGCCAACGUUGCUUGCGGAUUUCAUGGUGGUGAUCCAGUUGUUAUGCAUCGUACAAUCAAGCUGGCAAAGCAACAUGGCAUUCCCGUAGGAGCGCAUCCGUCACUACCAGACCGCGAGGGCUUCGGUCGACGACACAUCGACAUAUCGGCAUCGGAUCUGUUCGAUCAGCUUGUGUACCAGAUUGGGGCUUUGGUGGGCAUGUUGAAGGCCGAGGGUAUGGCAUUGAACCACAUCAAGCCUCAUGGUUAUCUUUGGCGCAUGUGUGAGGCAAGUGAUGAUCACGCCAGAGCCAUUAUGGAAGCGGUCAAAGUAUUUGCUGUCCCGAUACUGGUGAUCUCAGGCACCAAUCUGGAGCGCAAAGCCAAAGAGGCUGGCCUCCCUCACACACCAGAGUUUUAUCCCGAUAUUCAUUACAAUGACGACGCGAAGUUGAUGUCAAUCUUGUACGAAACCUCAAGUCGGACUGUCUGUUCAGUUGUGCAGGCUAACAAUAUGCUGGCAGACGAGACGGACGAGUACCUAUCGAAGAUAUAG